AAGAGGCGCAGCCGACCGUCGCGUUCGAAUAUGGUGGCCGCCGCACCUGGUGAUCAUCCCCCCUGCCCCCUGGCUUUUCGAUUGGUGACCGGUCGCCCUUUCUUUCGAGCUUUCCCUUUCUCUCAUACCUCACCCCUGGUGCUUUUGCUCUGGUUUCUUGCCCUCACGCGCUCUUCAUACCCACCUGGCCAACGCGGCCGCCCUCGCUCUUUACACGCCUCCUUCACGUCGACCCUAACGCUCCGCACGCGACCCUCUAGUGCUGUUUGAAGAAACGCACUACGACCAGCGAACACUACACCGGAAGACAGAACACAUACUAGCUGGAGAUGUCCACGAAGCCGGCUUCGGGAGCGCGAUUAUACUCGUGGCUCGGCGUCAGCGCGCCAUUCGACCCAAACCGCAAUCUCGUUACCUCGCCUGUCUGCUCGCCGCUCGUUCUCGCGAUUAUCCGCCUCGCGCUUGGAUCGUACGCGCUCUUCGUGGUGCUCUUCCACCUGAUCUGGGACGCAGUCAGGGAUCAUGACGCAGACUCCUUCUUCUCCUACUUUACGCAUCUGUCGUACAUUGGGCUCGUCGCGUACUACUUCGCGGCGGGCGUCCAGACGCUGUGCUAUGCGCUGAAGGGAGGAAAGGAGUACCCGCUGCAAAAGUGGCCACGGCCCUUGCAGCUCCUCCACACACUGCUGUAUUCCACUAUCACUACUUACCCUCUCGUGGUGACUGUCAUAUUCUGGGCGCUGCUAUCAGGCCCAAGUACAUUCGAUACACGUUUCGACACAUGGAUUAACAUCUCCCAACACGCUAUGAACUCUGCAUACGCCCUGUUCGAAAUUACACUUACCAACGCCGGCCCCAGCCCCUGGCUGCACCUCCCCCUUUGCGUAUUCAUGCUCGCGUGCUAUCUCGGCGUCGCGUACAUCACGCACGCGACCCAAGGCUUCUACACGUACUCGUUCCUGGAUCCGCAGAAGGAGGGCGCGAAGCUCGCAGGAUACAUCAUUGGGGUCGGCGUCGCGGAGGUCCUCGCGUUCCUCCUCGCGCGCGGGCUCGCGGUCCUGCGUGUGCGCCUCACCCGAAGGGGCGCAUGGCGCCGCGCGAACUCGCUGGACCAGGGGCAGGCGAUCGACGAGUGGGAGGACGUCGAACGGCCGAAGUCGCCUACCGUUGCCGUUGUAUAGCGGGGCGUUCUGGAGGCGGCUCCGACAGGCCCUGGCCGACGUUCGAGGACGAUCUGCGCUCGGGCAGUUUCGAGUCUCGCCCAGGGGGCAGUACUGGCAGCGGCUGGGUGGCGGAGCGCCAGGCCAGCCGGCUGCCGUUGGGAUUUCUCCGCAACUCGUCGCGGGGUUCACGGUGUUACUUAUGCCCGUGUGUAACGUCUGUACGAUACCAUUCUUCUAGCGGUGGGCUGUUUGUGCUGCAUGCACG